CCAUUUUAGUUCUCAACUCAGCAUGCUCGGGUUUCUGAGAUGGUGUAAUGGAAACAGUUGUUGAUACAGAGCAGGCGUUCAAGGAAGACAGGUCUUUGUGCUAUGUGCUGGCCCAGCCUCUAGAGGGAACUAUUCACUCAAUUUGCCAAAGGUUCAAGCAGAAUUAACUCCCAUUUUUCAUUCAGAAUAUUUCAGCAGAGGAAGAAAUAUGAUCGGAAAGAUCCUUUAUCAUCUGCUGGGGAACACCGGUGAGGACUUGGCUGCAGAAGACACUUAUGAGGAGAUAAUGGAGCUUGAGGAGGAGGGGUGGGUCAUUGUUAAUCUACCAGAUAAUGAGGCUCUGUCAGUCCCUGAUGUGGAUCCCCUUGAGAACCUGUUGAUUGAGCACCCCAGCAUGUCUGUCUACCAGAUGAGAUGCAGGAUGAGUGGAGCAGAGGACGAGGAGCUGGUCUCUGAUGAAGACGAAGAAGAUACCUCCAGGCCAGUGACAGUGAGGCGGAAUGUCUCUUGGCGUCUUGCUGCCUGGGGGAUCCCUCUGCCGUGCCACAUCCAGCUGCUGGCUCUGCAGAGAGCCAGGACCCAGGCUGAGAGGACGAAGCUGAGCCGCAGUGCCCUCCACAGGCAGAAUCUGGCUAAGAUGAGAUUCUCCCCAGGAGAGAAACGCUACGGCCACUUCAAGCAGCCCUGCCAGCGCCUGUACAACUACUGAACGGGAUGAUGCUUCUGAGCGGCUGUGUGUGAAGUUGCCUCCAGCGCAGCCCACUGUGUAGCACAGUGCUUUGGUCCUGAAUUACUCAGGUUUUCCAUAAUUGUUUCACCUCAAACUGUAAAUUGUUUAUAUCCACCAAGGCGAAACAAAACCUCAAACUCCUGACCAUAAAAGACACAGUUGCUCCUUUAGGUUUGGAAACUAUUGAUAAGAAAGAGUUACUUUUCACAGAAAUGUUGAUGAUGUAAACUAUCCAAACAGAAGAGCUGGAUUGUUUGGCGUGUGUAGAUUUGUAUGUGUAGAUGUAGGACUUACAGGACGAUGUUGUUACUGUUAGUGUGUGAUACUGCUCCAAAUAUGAAAAAUGAUGCAGAUGGAUUAUGGCACAUUGUGACUUUCUGUUCUUUGGUUGUAAUGAGCAUGUGACUUGUGCACUUGUGCCAAGUGCAUUAAAAGUUCAUUUCCAUGCAUGUUACCUGUACAGUAUUCAUGUUGUGUGACAACUUCAAGAAAAAUAUUGCUGUUGACUCUGCUUAAGAUUACUUUUGUACUUUUCAGCAGUUACUUUUUACAUGUCAUGAAAAUUGUUGUAAAAAAAAUCUUUUUCUAUUUGUGUGUAUUUAUAAAAAUGUACAAAAAAAUGCAAAUAAAACUUGUUUUCUUAAGUCA